AUGUUCGAUGCGUGCACUUUGUUAAAUACAUGCGCGUAUUUUGCUAGCAUUGCUAGUAGGGAAGGUUUUAGUACACGCAUUUGCACACGCAUGCAGCCUCGUGCUGUGCCCACGGGCCGCAAGCCUAUGACCCAAAAGCUACUAUUAGAGAAACUUCUCCAUUUGCCGGAAAACCGCGAGUGUUUUGAGUGCUCGGCGAAACAACCCCGCUGGGCCAGUACCAAUCUUGGGAUCUUUUUGUGCCUUCGCUGCGCUGGCAUUCAUCGUGCUAUGGGGACACAUGUCUCCAAGGUGCGGUCGACAAACAUGGACACGUGGGAAGAUCCUAUGAUUGAGUGCUGUGAGUGCAUUGGCAACAAGCGAGGGCGAGUGCUCUAUGAGCACGGCAUGGAUCCUCAAUUGCGGCCAACCGCUGCUACCGACAACAUUUCGGUGGAUCGCUUCAUACGUGACAAAUACGAACGUAAGAUGUACUAUAACCCGCAGUACGAGACGCUUCUGAAGCAGUUUUUUGAUGCCGGUACCUCCGUUAAUGAGGAAAAGUGCUCGGGUCUUGUGUUGUCCAAGCCGUCGGAGCAGACAGGAGGAACAUCGGCGUCGAUGCCAAUGUUGUGGGGUGGGAGCCCCGCCACGGCUAUGGAGGCUCCUGCUUCCUUGGAAGGCAACACAAAUACCAAGAAUGGAAUCGAUAUCAAUGAACUCUUCACCACCACAACGAGUACCGUUACCAGUGCACCGAUGCAACAUCAACAGCAACAAAUAUUCUGGACACAAAUGGCGGGGAAUGGAAUGGUGGGUUACCACCAAUACUAUCAGCAGCAGUCGCAGUGUCCCUCCUCCGCACCCUCACAGGCGGGCCACCAGGUAGACGUCAAGACGGAGAUUAUGUCAUUGUUUAGCACUCCACCCAAUUGUUCUCCCAAUCAUGUAUACAGUGCGUGGCAGCCACAGUAA